AUGAGAUUAAAGGGUAUGCACAGUUUAUUAGCCCUUUGGCAUGGUACCAUAUUCCUCUCCAGAAUGAUGGGAUUCAUUCACAACUCCACCGACAAUGCAUCACUGUCCAGUUUUCCCACAUCCCCUCCAACAUUCAUCAUUAUCUUUUCCUGUCAUUUUAGCCUAUCUGACAGGUGUGUAGUGGUAUCUCAGAGUUGUCUUGAUUUGCAUUUCUCUGAUCAAUAGUGAUUUGGAACACUGGGUCCCCUUUAUUUUCAGUAUCCUCCCUUUUCCUUGUUUUUUUGCCAUGUUGCUUAACAUCAGGUUUAUGGCAUUAAAAAUUAAGUGACUUGCUCAGGGUCACACAGUCAGUUUGUCAGAGGCAGACCUUAACCCAGAUCUUCCUCUUUCUAGCUAUGCUGGUGUAUCAUAAUCAUUAUUAUCAUAACAAUAAAUAUUUUUAUUGUCACUAUUAUUAAAACUCAGCAUUUAUAUAGCGCUGUAAGAUUGCAAAGUGCUUUAUAUCAUGCCAUUUAAUUAGGGGGCAAAUAGACACACCCGAAGAUAAAGAGAAUGUCCAAUAUACUCGGUAGGCACAUUGGUGAAGGGCCACGUGAAGAACGCCCUGCCAGAAGUGGACUGAUAAGCUGGAGAAUGGCCAGAGAAGGCCGCAGGGAUGGGGAAGGGUCACUGAAAGAAAUGGCCGCGCUUAGACUGGAGAAGACAAAGAUCAGGGAGGCCCUGAGAGCUCAAGGAUCUUCGAGGCUGCCGCGAGGAGGAGGGAUCCGCUUUGCACAGGGAGGAGGGAUCAGAGUUGCUGCCACAAAAAAAAAAAAAAAAAAAAGAGUUGCUGCCACAGGGACGAGGGAUCAAUGUUGCCCCACCAGGCCCCAGGGCGCCCCCCAGAGAGCCGGGGUAAAGCUACACAAAGGCUGAUUUGGGCUUGCUAUUGGGAAGAACUUCCUGACUCGGAGGAGCGGGUCCCAGAGAGGAAGGGGCUGCCCCCAGGGGAGGUGGGGGGGCAGAGGCUGGAGGUUUAGGGGCUCCUCGAUCUCUCCCAUAGUUAACCAUGGGGGGAGGGGCCGGGCCGUGCUCUGAGGGCUCCCUCCCUUGGAGCUCCCUGUGGCCUCCUCUCCCCCGGGAGGUACCGACUGCUGCGGGCCGAGGAGAGAUGUGGCCGGACGGCCUCGGCUCCUCCCUGACUCAGCCCCGCGGGGAGCGAGCCGGGAGGGAACGUCCUCUCCCCUCUGGCUGCCCAGUUUCGCUCCCCGCCUCGCCCCCCACUUCUCCAGCGCGUGCCUGGGGAACUCCCGCUCCCCUCCGCAGCUCCGCGGACGGACCCUUUUCUCCCGCGGCUGGGGGAGCUCCCCCUUCCUCCCCCCUUUCCUCCAGGGCAUGGAAAGCCCGGCUCCCCACACCUGGGCCCCCUCCCCUCUCUGCCCUUCCUCACCCCCUCCGGCUUCUGCCUCCUCCUCUGGCCGGCCUCCUCUGAGCCCUCCCCCUCUCUGCCCUCCCCUGGGCCGGCCGGGGCUGAUCAUUAACGCGGACGGCAGCCGGAGCCGCGGCCCGGGCGCCGGCAAGAAGCAGGCGGCGAGCCCCGGACAGCACCCGACGGCCGCUCCGCCGCUUCUGCCAUGGACGGCCCCGUGAGCCCCAGCGCGCCCGCCGGCACCCCCGCGCCCCCGCUGCCGUCGGACCGCAUCAAGAACGCCGCCGACAUCUCCGUCAUUGUCAUCUACUUCGUGGUGGUCUUGGCCGUGGGGCUGUGGGCCAUGCUGAAGACCAAUCGCGGGACAGUGGGAGGUUUCUUCCUGGCUGGCAGGGACAUGGUGUGGUGGCCGAUUGGCGCCUCUCUUUUUGCCAGUAACAUCGGCAGUGGCAGUUUCGUGGGCCUGGCAGCCGGCGCAGCCUCAGGGAUUGCCGUGACCGUGCUCGAGACAAAUGGCUUGCCAUUGCUGCUGGUCCUAGGUUGGAUCUUUGUCCCCAUUUACAUCAAAGCAGGGGUGGUGACCAUGCCCGAGUACCUGAAGAAGAGGUUUGGAGGGAAGAGGAUUCAGAUCUACUUCUCUGUCCUUUCCCUGUUCUCAUCCGUGGCCAUGAGGAUCUCGGCAGACAUGUUCUCAGGAGCCAUCUUCAUCAAUGUGGCCCUUGGCUUGGAUCUCUAUGUAGCCAUCUUCAUCCUGUUGGUCAUCACGGGGAUCUUCACUGUUGCGGGUGGCUUAGCCUCUGUGAUCUACACGGACACCCUGCAGACGGUCAUCAUGCUGGUCGGAUCUUUCAUCCUCACUGGCUAUGCUUUUGCAGAAGUGGGAGGGUUUGAGGCUUUCGUUGAGAAAUACAUGAAAGCCAUCCCAUCUGUCAUCACGGACAAGAAUGUAACUCUGAACCCAGAAUGCUACACCCCCAAAGCAGACGCCUUCCACCUCUUCCAGGAUCCCAUCACUGGGGAACUGCCAUGGCCGGGAAUCAUUAUCGGAAUGAACCUCGUCUCUCUUUGGUACUGGUGCACGGACCAGGUGAUUGUUCAGCGGUGUCUCUCCGGGAAGAACCUGUCCCACGUGAAGGCGGGCUGCAUCUUGUGCGGCUACCUGAAGCUGCUGCCCCUCUUCCUCAUGGUGAUGCCUGGGAUGAUCAGCCGGAUUCUGUACCCAGAUGAAAUCGCUUGUGCCGUGCCUUCAGAGUGCGAGAAAUACUGUGGUACCAGCAUUGGCUGCACCAACAUGGCCUACCCGAAGCUGGUGGUAGAACUCAUGCCCCAGGGACUUCGGGGAUUGAUGUUGUCAGCCAUGUUGGCGUCACUCAUGAGCUCCCUCACCUCCAUCUUCAAUAGUUCAAGCACACUAUUCACCAUUGACAUUUAUACCAAAAUUCGAAAGCAAGCAUCGGAGAGAGAGCUCCUGUUAGUGGGAAGGUUGUUCAUCAUCGUCCUGAUUGCCCUCAGCAUCGCUUGGAUCCCAUUAGUCCAGGUGGGUCAAAAUGGUGAACUCGUCCAGUAUGUGGAAUCGAUAUCGAGCUACCUCGGGUCCCCCAUUGCAGCUGUGUUCCUGCUGGCCGUCUUUUGCAAGAGAGUUAAUGAGCAGGGAGCUUUCUGGGGACUGAUGUUUGGACUUGUGGUCGGCCUAACUCGUAUGAUUGCUGAGUUUGUCUACGGGACAGGCACUUGUAUGGCCCCCACCCAGUGUCCCAAGAUCAUCUGUGGAUGGCAUUUCUCCUAUUUUGCCAUCGUCCUCUUCACAUUGACAGUCUUGGUUGUACUUGGUAUCUCUCUAAUGACAAAACCUAUUCCUGAUAUACAUCUGCACCGCCUCUGCUGGGCUCUCCGCAAUAGCCAGGAAGAGCGCAUUGACCUGAAUCCCGAGCAGUAUGGACAAGAGGAAGCUGGAGACCAGGAGGAAAAUGAUGGCCCUGAGGAAUCUCCAGGAUGCAUCAAGAGGAGCUGGAAUGCGUUCUGUGGGCUGGAGCCAAAAAAAGGCCCCAAGCUGACCAAGGAGGAAGAGGCCGCCCUGCAGAAGCGGCUGACGGACACGUCUGAAAACCCUUUUUGGAGGAACGUGGUGAACGUCAACGCCAUCUUGGUCAUGACCGUGGGCGUCUUCUACCAUGCUUAUUUUGCCUGAGUUCUGGCUGGAGUUUCAGAGCAGGUCAACCAAGCCUGGAACACCAACCUUCCUCUUCCCUCUUAGCCCUUCACUGGGCUGGAAGGAUAGCAAACAGGUAUAAUUGGAAACAAUGAAGGGGAAGAAAAAAGAAUAAAAAGAAGAGAGGGAGAAUAAGAAAGAGAGACAUGUAGAAUCUCAGGGCCCAAAAGGAAGGCUCUCAGAGACAUCUGAUCCAGCUCAUCUCUGAUCAAGGAUCCUCUCUACACUCCCAGUGAGUGUCCAUUCAGCCUUUACUUCAUGACAUAAGUAAUGGAAAACGCACUACUGACCAAAGCAGCCUUUCAGAAAACUAACAGGAGCAACAUUUGGGCCUCCUUUCAAUUCUAAAUCUGUUUCUUGGUCACUUCCAGCUAUAAACCUGGUUUUCUUCUCUGAGGCUCAGGAAGAAUAAUGUCUCACUACCCAUAAGAAUCAUCCAAUUAUGAGAUUCUAUUAAAAAAUCAGCCCUCAUAUAAAAAUUAGGGAGCCCUCACCUCGUGUUUUAUUUUAUAUUUUAACUUUCUUUUUUAUUUAAGCUUUUUAUUUUCAAAACAUAUCCAUGGAUAAUUUUUCAAAAUUGACCCUUGCAAAACCUUGUGUUCCAAAUUUUCUCUCCCUUUCCCCUCCUCCCUCCCCUAAAUGGUGUUAAAUCCAUCAGCUCAUGUUUUAAAUAGAAGAUCUGUGAUACUACAAAAUUGUUAUCUCAAAUAAAUCUGACACCCACCAAA